UCUAGAUUCACAGGAACAGUGGACAGAUAACAAUCAAAAAUGCUGCAUCAUUUUCUGGUACUCUCUGCCCUUUGUGCCAUGAGCAUGACCAUGCCUUUACCUGAUUUUUACUCAUACUCCCCUGCUGCUGGGGAAGGCAGUGGAACCGAAUUUUCCACUGCACAUGAGGGUCGCAUCACUGGAGUCAGAGUCUAUGAAUAUCCCUACUAUGGAUACUACUCUAACAAUUUUCUCAAUGGGAUCCAGUUUAAAUAUAACAGUAACUGGACAGAUUUGGUUGGCAUAAACUCCUAUGGCAAUGAAAAGGAGAUGACACUCUCAAAAAAUGAACAUUUUGUUCAGAUCUCAGGAAAGUAUUAUUCUGGUUACAUCAGUGAGCUCAUGUUCGUCACUAACAAGGGGCGCUCUUUCAAAGUGGGGCAGCCUUACGGACUUUCAUUCAACUUCUACCCAACCCACGAUGGAAGUGAGCUACGCUUCAUCAGCGGUCGUCACAAUGGAAAUGCCCUUACCUCCAUUGGGGCUCAUUGGGCUGUCUACAACAAUUCCACUAAAUAAUGUCAGGAAUAAUGUCAUAUUCUCACAUAAACAUUAUGUGUUUAUGUGAGAAAAAAGGCCAGUAAACAAUGAGCGUGUUUUUCUUGAGCUCUUUAUGGGAGAUUACAUUUUGGGAAGUUUUUGAGCUGUCAAUUAAACACUAAGAAGAUUGGAAUGAAAUUGUUUUAUUUCUAAUGAUGCUUUAAGGGUUUCUCCUUUAACACAAUAAUUCCCAAAAGGCUCUUGUAACGAUUUUUUCCUGAAUAUUAUUUUUUUUCUUUUUCAAUUUCACUUUUAAUACACAAAGGUACAUUUUUAUUUAAGCUAA